CCAAUGCACACUCUAAUAGGUCUCUUCAGUGCCUUUUUAAAGCUCUAAUCAAAGGGAAUUCUCAAUUUAUUUUGCUCUCCAAAGUUAUAUGGGAAAUCUUAUUUUAGCAAUUAUUGAGAGUGGAACAACGAAGGGCAUUUCCUGUAGAGCUUAGCACGGAGCAGCAUGGAGAAGCAACGGUGGAAACAUGAAACUUUCUUAGUGCUGUUUCUUGUCCUGGUUCAAAUAUUUGGCUUAGAAGAUGGCAACCGACAGACAGCAGAGAUCUGUUCCACGCAUACCAUUUUACCUGGACCGAAAGGAGAUGAAGGUGAAAAGGGAACCCAAGGAGAAAUGGGAAAAAAUGGGAAACUUGGCCCCACAGGAUCCAAAGGAAACAAAGGACUAGUUGGUGAUAUUGGUGACCAAGGAAUGAUGGGUAAAAUUGGACCAAUUGGCAGAAAAGGUGACAAAGGAGUAAAGGGUGUAUCUGGAGUCCCUGGAGGAAAGGGUAAAGCAGGUGCUGUCUGUGACUGUGGGAAAUAUCGCAAAGUUGUCGGACAACUGGACAUCAAUGUGGCACGGCUCAAAAGUUCCAUUACGUUUGUAAAGAAUGUGUUAGCAGGCAUCAGAGAAACAGAAGAAAAAUACUAUUACAUUGUUCAGGAAGAAAAGAACUACAAGGAAGCUCUCACUCACUGCAGGAUUCAAGAAGGAAUCCUAGCAAUGCCAAAAGAUGAAGCUGCUAAUGCAGUGAUUUCUGACUAUGUCUCCCAGAGUGGCCUCUUCCGAGUCUUUAUAGGGGUGAAUGACAUAGAGAAGGAAGGUCAAUUCAUGUAUGCUGAUCGUACACCAUUGCAAAGCUACAGCAACUGGAAGGAAGGAGAGCCUCAGGACACCCAUGGGAACGAGGACUGUGUGGAGAUGCUCAGCACUGGAAAAUGGAAUGAUACGGAAUGCCACCUCACUAUGUAUUUUGUCUGUGAAUUCCCAAAGAGAAGGAAAUAGGCAGAAGAAGACACCUACCACGCACUGCAGAAUCAUUCGCUUACAGCUACAAGGAUUAGGACCGUCUUUCCCAGCCUGAUGCCACCCAGAACAGUUGGACUUCAAUUCCCAUCAUCCUGACGCAAUACAAGCAAGGAAUGAUGAGAACUGGAGUUCACAACAUCUGAAGAGCACCACAUUAAGGAUGAAGGGUCUUGGGAAAGAAUCUGAUUCUAAUUUAGGAACACAGGAAUGAAUUACAAUUGGACAUUAAAAUUCUAAAUUAUGGGAUUUUCUUCCAAAUUAUUAUUUUAAGGCCACAGUUAAGAUGAUGUUUUCUUCUUUCUGCUAAGACAGGGUAGGCAAUGUGUUACCUGCAGGCACCAAGGUACCACCGGACACUUCCCUUGGUGUGCACCAGAUCCCAUCUUAAGUGAUAUAUUUUUAAGAUUAUUUUAGUUUAAAAAAAAUGCAGAAAGCUGGCAAACUGCAAAACCAAGCAUCAAUGUCUACCAUUAUAUUUAUUUGCUUCAGGACUCACAAUGGUCAUAUAACCUCACUUAUUGGGAUGACAGGAGGCUAGUUCAUCUUCAGUUAAAUGACUAUUUUGUGAGUGGUCAUGCCCACAAUAAUACUGCACCUAUUUUAUGAAGACAUAAGUCUUCCACAACAGUCACCUUUAGACUGGGCUUACCUUGUGCUCUCACAAUUUCAAAUGUGGCCCUGAUCUCUUUCACCUUCUUACUCCUUACAUUCUGCACACAUGCAUCUGAAGAAAACGUAGCCCUAUGGCACAUGUGAUGGGGUCAGGGAAAACCAGAGCCACAACAGAACAAAGAAAAUAAAUUUUUCAGCUAGAAAUGUGUUGAUUGAUAACUGAGCAGAGUUCCAUUCCAGCAGAUUUAUGUCUGGAUUUUUAAUUAAUUCUCUAGAUAUAAAUCCGGGGGAGUGGUAGAGAUUUAUUUACUUCUGAAAAUGCACAAGAUGGCCAGAUUCUCAACCCCUUCUUUAUAUUUAUGGCAAAAGGGGUUUGUUACAGAGAUUGCAUCUCCUUUGUCACACUUCCUGAAAUAGCCACGUGACUGUAUGAUUUGUGUAGUCACAGUCCAGGAAGUGUUACAAAAGGCACUCAGCUACCCAGGCUUUGAUAAAACAGAAAAGAGUUGGCUGUCCCUGACAUAUUUUCAAAAGUGAGAUGGAUUUUCUCCCUGGAAAUUUGAUCCUAGCAAAAUACAUGGCAAAAUUCUUUUACAUCUUUACUUCAACGUAGGCAAGUCCUUAUCUAGUCUCACUUCCUUGCACAUUUAUAGCCCAGUCCUAAGAAAGGUUGUUGGAAGGUAUUUGCCACUUGAAUUUAGGCUUGAAGAAGCAGAAGAAGAAAAAAGAAGAGAAGAAGCAGAAGACAGAGAUGGUAAAACAGUUUGCAGAGCUCCAGUUGGUAAACAGGGAAAGCAUUUGUGAUUGCUCCCUACUGAUAGGACCUCCCCCACCAGGGUUUUGGGGGUUGGUUUUGUUUUGUUUUUUGAGCAACAUUCAGGGUUGGACCUCCCCAUGAAUAUUUCUUCAUCAAUGAUUAUAGCACAGUGUCAAGUCCCUAACAGCAGAAUACAACCCAGAAGGAGAGAUUAAUUAUGAAUCUCAUUAGUUAAUUAUCAAGAAGGUAAGACAUGUACUAAAUCUUGAAAGCUGAGUAAGACAGAAUUCUAGCAUUCAUUUAUUAGUAAAUGCAUUAAAGCAGGGUGUCUCAGAAUCAUUUCAACCUCUUUUUCUCAGGAUGCAAGACCAACGAGCUAACCAUCCUUUUUCCAGAUAAGGUUGAUCCUGAAAUAUCUAUCUGCUCAUGAUUAACAGUGUUUUGAUAUAUCUCCUUUUCUUCCCAGCCCCAGAGAUCUCUUUUGAACCCAUUUUUCCAUUGCAUCUUAAGACAGGAGGCUUUCUCUGAGGGCACAAGGCAGGCUGUGUAUCACAGUGUUGUCCUACACCACUCCCAACAUCUGUUGUCCGAGGUCCCUGCUUCAAUCUACCUCUUUGUGUAGCCAGCCCUCCCUUCUGCAACAAAUCAAGACAGAAAACCAGCCCAGCAGGCAAAAAUCUGGUCUAGUUUUCUGCUAGAGGAAAUGUAGUUUUACUAACAUAAUAUAGUAAAUACAGCCCUUCAUACCAGCAAUAUGAGAAGAUGCAAAGGCCCAGCUUUAAAUGUAAUUUAGAAUUGCAAUCCUACUCUGAAGUACUGCUAUGGUGACCAGAUACAAUUGCAAUGUCACAACCCACAGAAAGACAUAGGGUUUAUUUUACCUAUUGUUUGGGACACUUUGCUAAGAUCUUUUUGAUUUGUGACAAUGGGAAGCAAGAAGAGCAGAACUUAAAUCACAGGUUCAUUUGAGAGACAGCCCUAGAGUCACCACUUUUCUGGACUGGUAUUCAGUCCCUGGCAUCACUCAGCCAAAUUUGCACCAUCUGCAGAGAUGCUGGGAAAAGAGAAGAAGGGUUUAUUAAAAAUAAUUACAGGAUGUCACCCAAAGGAAGGCCAACUGUAGUUCAUUUUUUCACUGACUAGAGACAGACAAGAGCAGAAAAUUAAACCAUCAGUUGUUGUAGAGAAAGCUAAUUGUAUCUGUCUCUGGAAAUGGGAUGUUGAAGCUGUUGACUCAGCAUGUUAAAAUGUCGCUGGUUGGUACUUUCACAGAACCAAUAAAUAUCCAUCAAGGGGCCUUGGACCAAACUAAUUUGCUUCUCUCAUGUAUUGAACAUACAAAAGUCUAAAGAGGGCUUAUGGAACACCCAAAUUAAGUAAAAUGGCCAAAAUCACUUGCAAACAACAAAUCUCACAAGAUUGCAGUGCUUUCACAUGAGAUAAUGCAAGAUCUUGGGGAUGAGACUGCCAAAGACUCUUAAGAUUUACUUAUUUAUUUAUUAUUCAAAUUUAAUUACCGCCCACCUCCCCCAAAAAAGGGACUGUGGGAGGUUUACAAUUAAAUCAAGCUCCAAACAUAAACAUUAAAAUCUCAUAAAAGCAGCGACAUCACAAUUAUUAUAAAAUACAAUAAAUAAAUAUAAAUAUAAAUAAAUAUAAUUUAGUGAUUAGAAGGUUGGCCCACUCCCUGAAAAGGCUAGAAUUGAUGAUGCACUCAUGCUGGAAACUGUUUUAAGUUGUCCCUUACUUUCUUCUGAGGUUAGAAGUUGCUGCUUAUCUGUCAUGACUCUAAUCCUGAGGAACAGCCUCUUGUUAGAACUGAAGUUUGCUUCAAUUAAGAUGCAUUUGGUGAUGAAUGUGCAGCUGCCAUCAAGAUGAUAAUUGAUUUUAGUGAUGGUUCUAUUCUAUUGUUGUUAUUAUUAUGGUUAUUUAUCAUAUUUUAAAUUUAUUCAUUAUUAUUGUGGACAUUUUCAUUGUACGUGGAUGUUUUAGCUACACACCAUGGAUAUUUUAAAUUGUGUAUGGCCAUUGUUGUUAACUGCCAGGAGUCCUUUGCAGAUUCAGCAGUAUACAAAUGCAUCAAAUAAAGAAUAACAGGUUGUUGGAAUUUAGAUGCAUGCUGAAAAAGUUUCUAUUCAUUGUGGCAUUUCAGUGCACUGAACUACAUAUGGUUAUUUAUAUAUUUCAUCUUAUUCUGAAUGGUUCACUACUAUAUUUUUGUGUGCUUUUCUAUUAUUUUACAAUAUGGUAGUUGGAUAGUUUUGUUUACUAUUUUUGUAAAUUGCUACAUAUAUUUAUAAUAGUUUUCCACAAACAACUGCAGGAUCACUACAGGAAGAAUAGCACUGAAACACAGAAGCUCACAAAACAGUAUCAGUUGCUAACACUGCCAAACAAUGGCACUUUUGCACUCUCUUACGGUAGUACAAAAAGGGUCCAGCAAAAAGGGCAAAGGGCACUGAGGCAACCAAUUGCACACUAAUCCCCAAAUGGCAUUUGGCAAAGCCUUUCCUGCAUUGGCUUCAAGUCUACGUAUGAGACAGUGCAGGUUUGUAUUAUUGUAUUAUGCGAAUUUAUCUUGGUCUGAAACGAGAAUGGGAGGCUUAAGACCCAUAAUUCCCCAGCCUUAUUUGUGCCAUUCCUGAAGCCUCUCUACAAUUGCACUGCCAAAAUUUAGUGACUACUGAGCCAGUUCCUGGUAGCAUGAAUGUUGGUUUUAUUUUUCAUGGAAAAAAGAAUGAAAAUGAGUGUGUUAAGCCAUUGCUCAGCUUAAGACACCUGUUUUCUUUUACCCAACACCAGCUUCCCAAAACAGACCUGGAAAAAGAAAAUUGAUCCUUCCUCUCCAGGGAUCUCACUAGAGAAUUGGUGAUCCCACAAGAUUUGGAGGGGCAGCAUACAGUGGAAUCCAGGGCCUGUUGUAUAUAUGCAUGUGCUUUAUAUGUAUAUGUGUGUGAGAGAGCGUGCAUUAGUGCUCUCUCUAUACACACAUACACUAAUGCAUGCUCUCUCACACACACAUAUCCCCACACAUACAUAUAUAUUAACCAAACUGUAGUUCACAUCUUCUCUUGCUUUUCCCAUUUACUUCUCAUCAUAAAUCAACAUUAUAUGGCAUGUGUAUCAUCUGAGAUUUAAAUAAAUAAACAAACAAAC